AUGCUGGUACAGCCGGGCCUGUCGACCAUUUACACUGUCGAUAUUAUAGCAGUUCACGGCCCCGACGAAGAUGUAUUUGAAUCUUUCACAUCCAAAAAUGGAACAUUCUGGCUUGGAGACAAAGAUAUGCUUCCAAAAGGUAUCCCGAGUUGCCGCAUCCUCGCGUUUAACUAUUCUACGCCUCAUGGUUCAGAUCCUGCCAUAGAGCUGGCAGAGGAACUAGCUGCUGAUCGCGGUGAGAGCGCUAAGGAGAGACCAAUUAUCUUCCUUUGCCACUCAGAAGGAGGAACCCUUGUCCGGGAUGCACUCGCAUACUCCGAGAAUUAUGACGAUGGAAAAAGAAAGAAACCACUCACUUCCUCGAUUCAUGUUUCGACAUUUGGCCUCUGGAGGUUUACUACAAGCAGGAUCGAAGUUGCUCCAAAUCGUCCUCAACAUCUUUCAGCGCUUCUGCGAUUGCAUUGCCUCGGAAAUGUCAUACUUGAGUCUGGGAUUCAAAUUAGAGGACGGUAUAAGAAGGCUGUGUAG